ACAGCAGACACAAAAAACGGCCCUCUUCAGGGCCACCCAAAAGCCUGAGCGUGAGGCUCGCCUAUGCGUUAGCAUGGAAAACACCCAACGAGAGAGGUUUUGCAGUGUUAGUGUUGCGUUCGCUCGCUACCUUUUGCUUCCCGGUGCCGACGCGCACAGUGCAAAAUAAAGCGCCUGGCCGGCUGCAGCAAAGGUACGAGCACCAUUAGGGGGCCGUUUUGGGCAGCGGACGCCACGAGCAGUAUCGACGUGUCAGAAAUGCAUGCUUUCGUUCGUUCGUUCGCUGGCUCAUUCAUUUACGUUCGUUAGCGUCGGCACUGUUGUGGCCGUUGCCACAAGGGACCAGAGUGCUGCACUUGAAAGAAGAAGAAUAAAAAUAAAUAAAAAAUUCGCCUGAAAGCGUGGCAGAAAGAAGGGCUGUGCAUCAGUAGAUAAAUGAAGGAAGGACAGGCAGACGCACACGGUGACAGAUUACGCAAAUUGAAACAAUGACAGAGAAUUAAUUUAAAAAGGGCAGCGAUCGUCGCGGGAGCAGCAUAUCGCGCGCCGCGGCCGCCGGCAUUCUGGCGACCUGCAGCUGCUCCCCGAUUGGUCGGCGCGGCGAGCAAUCGUGCCGUGGACGUGGGAGCCCCUCAGUUGAAGUCGUCCCAGCGUCGCGGCACACCGUUUUCGUUGAGUCCCGGCUACAGCACAGGCUAGAAUGGCACGUACCAAGCAGACUGCUCGUAAGAGUACCGGUGGCAAGGCACCCAGGAAGCAGCUGGCCACCAAGGCUGCAAGGAAGAGCGCGCCGGCCACCGGAGGCGUCAAGAAACCUCACAGGUACAGGCCCGGCACGGUCGCCCUGCGUGAAAUCCGCCGUUACCAGAAGUCCACGGAGCUGCUCAUCCGCAAGCUGCCCUUCCAGCGCCUGGUCCGCGAAAUCGCCCAGGAUUUCAAGACCGACCUGCGCUUCCAGAGCUCCGCCGUGAUGGCACUGCAGGAGGCCAGCGAAGCCUACCUUGUCGGCCUGUUCGAGGACACCAACCUGUGCGCCAUCCACGCCAAGCGCGUCACCAUCAUGCCAAAGGACAUCCAGCUGGCUCGUCGCAUCCGCGGCGAACGUGCUUAGACGGCCCGCUUCGACACAGCAGCAACAACAACAAACAAACGGCCCUCUUCAGGGCCACCCAAUUGCUUACUGCAAAGGCUUUGCACUGCGUUGAAACCCAAACGCGAGCUGUUGGAUGCGCAUAAGAGCAAGUAAGUUUUGCUGGGGGCACAUUUCUUGGGCUGGCGUGAGCACGGGGCCUUUAUUGUCGUGCGUGGCGCGCGCUCUUCGUAGUGCUCUCGUUGUCCCAAACGCCCAAGGAGUUUGCCGCCAGCGAAACGGGAAGCGAACGUUUCCCAUGAUGCUCAUAAGCGACAGUGCUAAUAAACAGAAGGAAAGGUG